AUGGAAUCAAACAGAUUCGAUCAAAAAUCUACAGCCACGGUAGAGAAAAUACAGAGAUUAUCUUACAUGUGUUUGGGCCACAACAGCAACGAUACCACUAUCGUUGCGAGCACUGAUACCGUUACGAACACCGCUCCUCCAGUUGAGUCCUCUGCGAAGAAGAGCAACCUUAACAUAGAUAAAGCACUCACCCCGCUACCAUUAAUUAGAGACAUUCCCCAGCUACCCUCCCACCCAAGGUGGUAUUGGAAAUGUCACAAGUGUCAGCGUAGAUGGAAAAUGGGUGUCACCCAGCGAUGCUUGUCCUGUAACCACCGCAUGUGCAGUGGUGAUCCAACAGAAGUAAAAGUCUGCAAGACAGUAUUUGACUACGAAGGGUGGCGGAGAUGGGGAGAAUGGAGAAAAGAUUUGAAGCGACGUCACGAUGAGCAGCCCGAUCAGGAGGGUGAUGACAAAAUAGUAGAAUGUAUGCGUCCAGCAAAACGUCGCCUAUUCUCAGUGGGACUUCAGUAUAAGAAGCACAGUUGUUGGGAUGACUGUGUAUACCCAAGCCAGUGCUAUCAUGAAGAGGGGGGACUUACCGGUACUCUUAGUCCGAUUGGGGAAGAGGAAGAAGAAGAGUACGGCGGAGAGGAAUUAGAAGAAGAAUAUUGGUACCUUUGCGAGAAAGAAGCUUUGUUCGAUGAAGAAUGGUACGUUGAGGAAGAAAAGGAAGAGGUAGAGGAAGAAGAAAAUGACCCAGGGGCCUAA